CCACGAGCUAAAAAUCAUGCUGAACUCAGCAGUGCUCUGUUCCCUUGGGAGACACACACACACACACACACACACACACACACACACACACACACACACACACACACACGAGUUGGUGGUCGUGCCGCCCUGAGCUUUCAGUGUGAGGAAGGGAGGGACCAGACGGGUCGGGCAGAAAGGUGCUGGGUCAAGGGGAGAAGGGGGCAGCAGGCAGCCCGCUCACGCUCUGGAUUCGUGAAAGGCGUGCGCGCGGGGCUCGCCCGGUUGAGGGGUUAGGGGUGAGGGGUGAGAGGUGACGGGGUCGGUGGCAGGGUGGGGGCAGCCCUUUCAGAGGCGAUGGCUGGGACGGUGGUGCUGUUGCCCUUUUAAGCUGCGGCAUGACAGGAGCCGCCCCUCCUGUUGGUGGAAUUGGUUACAAAGGGAGCAGCCCCCGAGGCCGCCACACAGCUUCCCGCGGAGGCCUCUGUGCCCCUUGCGGUUUUCCAUCCGCGCUCCCACAAAGGUCGAGGCGGCUGGGAGAGGCGGAGCCUCCAGAGCUCGGUCGCUGGGUGGUCGCGGCAAUGACAGCUGCCCCCGACAGGCUCUCCCUUCCGCGCCCCUCCCGCUGGACAGGAGAGGAAGAUGUCGGUGUCAGGGUUCAAGGCCAAACUGAAGUUGCUGGCUGUUCUAUCUUCCACAAGAACCAGGAGUCCAGCCGCCGCUCAGGGCUCCACUGCAAUAUCAGGUUUGUGUUUAAGGAGAAACUAACAAUGAAAACGGAGUCGUUGACGGAGGAAAAGUUGGAAUGCAGCCUCUGGUGCUGUUUGAGUGAUACCUCUCCCUGGGGCCUGGCGCGCUGCUGUGUUCUGGAAAGGCCCAUUGUACCGUGGAGGCGGCAGGAAUCCUAUGCAUCUUCUUCACCAAUAUGGUUUGUGGACUCUGAUGAGCCAAAUCUGACAUCAUUUCUGGAACACCUAGAAGAUACCAAGAACAAUUCGGUAAGGAAGGAAGCCAAGCUAUUUUCUCUUUUCCUCAUGAACAUUAUAUUUAGAAAUUAAAUGUUAAGAGAUAAUAUGAUAUAAAAGCAUGAUUAAUGACUAUAAUCUUAGAGGAAUUAAAGUCUGGGUAUUUUAAGUCCUUCAAAUCUUAUUUACUACCUAGUUUCCCUUUAUUAUUUCCCUCAUGUAUAACCUUAGUUUAGAUUAGGAAUUCAAGGUCUCUUUUUCCCUGAAUUCUAACCAUUAAGCCAAGCAAGCAUUUUGAGUAGAGACGACUAGCCAAAGUGGGAGGUGGAAAAAAGACCAAGGUAGAAGUGAAGGGAGAGAUGGGUAGAGUCACACCAGAACUAGUAUGAGGGAAUUGCCUUUUCUUUCAAGGGUCUGUAAGUCUGCAAUAAAAGUCAAAGGUAUUCAAAUAGAAA